AUCAACUAUAAUGAAAUGAAACAUUUUUAUUAAAUAUGUCUUGGAAAUGAAGAAGUAUAUUUAUUAAAUAUGUCUUGGAAAUUUUCAUUCCGUCGAAAAACAUCCCAACCAGUGCUAACUAAUGAUUUCAAAAAAUCAUUUAAGUAUGGAGAUGAUAAACGAAUACAACUUAUGAAUAUGGUAAAAGAAGGCAAGCUAUCUGCAGAGGAGGCUGUAAAUGAAGCUCACAUUCUAGGGAUUACAACUACCCAAUAUGAAAAUGUCUCGAAUGAAAAUUUACAGGAUAAAUUAGGAGAGAUCUAUAAUUUUGGUGUAUACAAGUAUGGAUUUAACAACAAGACAGUUAAAUAUAUAUUACAAUUAGAUUUCCAAGAAAAUUCUUUGUGUUUGCUGCAUCGUGGGUUUAAAAAAAGAAGCUAUGAAUUUACAUUGAUUAAAAGCAUAGAAACUGUUGAUGACUCAACAAGGAUUCUUAUUCAGUUCAAAAAUGGGUCUGAAUUAGAAGUUGAUCCAGGUUCUUUGGAAGAUAAAAAUGAAAUAUCACGUUUGCUUUUGUCAAUUAUCAGUCAAGCAGAACAAGGAACAAGUCAAUCAAGCGGAUUUUUAACAAAACGAAACUCUGUGUUAUUAGAAGGAGUUCUGGAGAAAAAAGGGCAUAGUGCUGCUUUCUUGUUAUGGACAAAACGUUUUGUUCGAAUUUUUCCCGGAGAAAUGAUGUAUUUUAAGGUUGGUGACGAAGAUAAUGAAAGUUUAGCGUUAGGUAUUGUUCCAUUAAGACAAGGUGAUGUUGUUUUGAGAAAACAAGAUGAUUUUGGGUUUAGUUUGUUAUCAAAAAAUAAAGAGUAUUCGUUUCGAAUUUGUUUUCCAAAGCAUGUUGAUACUGAAAAAGAGCGUGACAGUUGGUUAAUAGCUAUUCAACAAGCUCAAAAGUUACCUGGAGCAGAAGUUGGUAAUCAAAUAAAAUCACUUUUUGAUCAAGAAUUUUACCUAAAAAGUUUAGUAAACUCACUUAAUAUUGAACUUGAGCAACUUGGUGUAAUUUUAAAUAUUAUUGAUGCACCUAUUCGUGCCUCAGAGCAAGUCAAGAAAGUUCGAGACAUUAUUUGUUCAUUAAAUGACCAAAUUAAAACUGGACUGUUUUCAUCGACUUUACGCAGUGUUGCUAAUAGUGCACCUAUUCCAAAAAAUUCUCAAUCAUCAAGUAAUGAAUAUGAAAAUUCUCAGCAUACUUCUUUAAAUAACUUUAUACCAUCAAUUAUCCCAUCCAGUGAACCAUUACAUAUCCCAUCCAGUGCCAUAGUUGAACCAUUACAAGAUAAUUUUGUACAUCAGCAAACACGAUCAGAAAUUUCAGAUGAAGAAUAUAUGAGAAUACUUUUACCGUCAAAACCAAAUGAAGUUCAAAAUAUGUCUUCUAAUUUACCAAAUUAUGCAAAAGUAAAUAAGGCUGUUAGCAAACAUUUACCUUGUGAAUCGAAUUCAUUUGAUACUUGCUCAUCUUUAGACAUACCUCCACCUCUUCCACAAAAACUUUACACAGACAUUUCAAACAUCGAUAGAGUAAACAAACCUUUACAUAAUACAGAUAAAGCUGUUAAUGAUUCUGUUCCAGAGAAAAUAUCUAAUGAGAAAUCUUCUAAUGAGUUAAAUAAUAAAAAUAACGUUUUUGCAAACAUUCCAUCAAACGUAACUUUGAGUUUAGAGAAAACAGACACUCAAAACAUUUCCAAUUCCAAUAUCAAACAAUUUGAAGGAGAACAGUUUAUAAGUACUGCAAACAUCCCACCCCCACCUCCGCCCCCGCCAAUGUUUGGUAUUGGGGCGUCAUUUUUACCAUUGAAAACAGAUAUUGUUCCAACUUGUAAGAUGAAACCAUUGUUUUGGAGUAAGAUACCUGAAAUAGAAAUUACUUCGUCUUUUUGGAAAGACUCUCUUGAUCAAAUAAAUAACAUUGAUGUUAAAAAGUUAGAAAGUGUAUUUCACCAUCAAAACGACAAAGUUGAACAAAAGAAGGAUGAAACCGACUUUCCAAAAUCUCAGAAUAUAUCUCUUCUUGAUCAACGAAAAGCUCAGAAUUUAAGUAUAUUCUUAAGUGGAUUUAAACUUAACGAGGUUGACAUAAACGAAAAGUUAACUAUCGUUGAAGGAGAAAGUUCAUUAACUUCUGAGGAAAUUAUUGGGCUCAGGAGAUUUCAGCCUUCAGCUGAAGAAAUAGAAAUGUACAAAUCAUUUAAAGGAGAAAAAAGUUUACUUACUGAUGCCGACAAGUUUAUGAUUAAACUCUGCAAUAUUCCAAAUUUGGCGACACGGUUGGAUGUUUUACUGACAUUGCGAGAACUUCCUAGUGAAAUUGAAGUAAUACAGACUCCUAUUCAAAAUGUUAUGAAUGCUUGUUUGUGUUUGAAUGAAAAUAAGAAUUUCUUACGAUUACUUGAGUUUGUUUUAGCCUACGGUAAUUACAUGAAUGGCGGAACUGUUCGUGGAAGAGCUUACGGUUUUAAGUUAGAUGUUCUAAACCGACUCGUUGACGUUAGAAGCUCGAACAAAAAGUACACGUUGCUUGAUCACAUUGUUGAAGAACUUUGGGUGAAAGAUCGAGAUGCUGUAACUUGUUAUAAAGACUUAUCUAUUUUGACUAAUCCAAUUGACUUUUCAUUAAAAAGUUUUUUUGCUGAAGUUCAAUUAAUGCAUAAAGAAUUACAGUCACUAAGCACUAAGCAAAAAGGAAUCAAAGAAGAACUUAAUUAUACCUUAAGUCAGUAUAUAGCCUCGUUUGUUGAAGAAUAUUCAAAAAUUGUCGAGAACUUAGAAAUAACAUGUAAAAAUAUAAUAGAAAUUUCAGUUUUACUAAAAAAAAAAUUUGGCGAAUCAUCUACUACGAACUUUGAAGCUUGGCUAAGUGGAAUAGGAAGUUUCCUAAAAUGUUUGCAAGUUGCGGUUGAGUCUUAUUGUAAAAAGUUGGACCAAAUUACAAUUAACGAGUCUCGCAGUGAAAAUAUAGUGCAGCAGAAGGAUGAAAAUAUAGUGCAGCAGAAGGUUGAAAAUGCAAUCACUAAUCUCCAAAAAAAAAGCAAUUUAAACUACAAACCCUUAAAUCAACAUACCAACAAACAUUCAAAUGUGAUGUCUGACUUAAUAAGUAAAGAACCUAGUGAAAAUAAUAAUGUGGCGUGUCAAUCUGAAAUCGAAAACACGAAAGUUUAUUAUUUUGAGCUAAAUCAAACUACUGAACUAAAUGACGACAACAGCUUUUUACCGACAAAGUCUGGUUUUUUGUUUAAAUUUAGUGGUAAUAAAAAACGCUUACCAAAAUGGGAUCGUUUAUUUUUUGAAUUAACCGACAACGGGUACCUUCAGUAUUAUAAAAAAACAAAUGGAAAGGUUACUGGUAGUUUAUAUAUAAAAGGCUGUCGCAUAUUGGUUGAUUCAAUGGAUAGUUCCUCUUUUAAUAUUAUCCAAGAGGAUCUCGAGUGGAAGUUAAAAGGUGAAACUGAUUUAGAUACGCAUGAUUGGUUAAAAUCAUUGUCUUACUUUUCAAAAAAAGAAUAAAAACGACGUUAACUCAGAAAAUAUUUUGACUAAAUAAUAAAAAUAUUAUAAUGCAAUAAUUUUAUAAUAAUUUACACUAUAAUUAUAUAAUGAUUUUUUAUUAAAAUAGUUUAAUAUAUAUGAAUAGAUUAAAAUUGACUAAAAUUAAAAAUAUAGACUUUUGUUAACUAUGAUAACUUCUAGUUAUUAACGAUUGUGUUCUUAUUUAAAAAUUUAUGAAUUUGGAUUUUUUUAUCCUUUGUUCCCCCCAAUAUUUUAUAAUUGGUUUU